AUGAAAAACAAUAGAAUGAGCCCAAAAAUAAUGGAUAGAAAACUCAAUAAUAAUAAAAUAUUUUAUAAGAAAUCAUCAAAUUUUUUAAAAAAAAUAAAUAAAUUUGUACAAUGGUAUCGAAUGGAAAAAAUAUUUGGUCCUGUAUUUGUAUAUAAAUAUUCAACUUUAAUAGCAUUUUUUAUAUUUUUAUUUAUUUUAAAUUUAUCAAUUGGUAUAGCAAUUUUAUAUUUAAGCUCACAAUAUAUAGAAUGCAAAAUUCCAUAUGAAUAUAAAUCUCAACCAUAUACAAAAUAUUCAAUUAUUAAAGUAACACCAGAACAUUGCAAAGGACGUGAAAAUUUAAAAGAAUUAAAAGGAAAGAUAAAUGUGCAUUAUGAAAUAUAUGGGGUACAACAAAAUCAUUAUAGUUUUAUGAAAAGUUUUAAUGCAGAACAGAUAGGAGGGGGAAUAGAUGUAUAUAAACAUGAUCUAAAUCAGUGCUAUCCUUUAAUUACUUACUUUAAAGAUCGAAUAAAUAAAAUAUUGCAUCCAUGUGGAAUAUUACCAUGGAGUGUUUUUACUGAUAAUUAUAUAUUUUAUGAUAAAGAACCUGAUGAUGCACCAUUUCCGGACCCAUUACCAUUAAAUGAAAGGGUAGAAGAUAUUACUAUAAAAUAUUUUAGAAAAUUUUUUAAAAACCCUCAUCCUGAAAAUAUUAAAUUAUAUAAAGACAAAGUAUAUUUUUGGAUGGAUGCAAAAACUCAAUCAGAGGCAUUACAUGAAAAUAUUGUAGCAAAUGAAAAAUUACUUAUUUUAUCUCAAGCAUUAAAAUAUGAUAUAGCAGGAAAUGCUAUGGAAAAUAGUCAUUUUAUUAAUUGGAUGAUACCAUCGCCAUUUAGUUAUAUUAAAAGAUUAUAUGGAAAAUUAAAUGGGCCAAUUUCAUUUCCAUUUUAUAUUUAUAUUGAAAACAAUUUUAGAACUGCUGAAGCUAAAGCAAUUAUUAUUACAGAGGCUAAUUUUUACAUUAAUAAUAAUUUAAUCGGAAUAAUUUUUACUAUAAUAUCUAUUUUUUCUUUAAUUUUGUCUAUACUUUAUUAUAUGAGAAUGAAAAAACAUAAAUUUAUGCGACAAAUUGACGAGUAA